GACCGCAAACUACCAAUAACACCUUCUGCUUUUGCUUAUCCGUCGGCCGCACCGCCACCAUUCCUCUUUAACCGUUUUCCCUCCAUUUUUUGUGUCGUGUACCCCCGGCCCUCCCCCAAACAAACAAGCCGUUCCCAUGGUGCUCAAGGCCUUCGUCCUGCAGCAUCGCUACGUCAUCAUCGACUACGCGGUGCUGGUGAUGGUCGUGGCUGUCUGCGUCCCGUUUCUCGCCCUCGUGCCGGGAUCGCGGCCGUACGGCGCCACCGUCAUUGGGUGGACCCUCGCAUUUACCUUCCACCUCUGGCGACGGCUGCCGUGGGAGCGCGCCCACGUCCGACGCACCGCCCACCGCCGCGCGGACCGCUGCAUGCGGGAGAGGGGUGUGGGCAACGUGCACCGACGGACUGAGUCGUCCGACACCACGGCGUUGUGGAUCCUGUCGGCAAUGGUGCACCGCGAGGAUGGAGGGAAUUGCCUCCCUGGAGACAAGUAUGGGAGGGGCGGCGAGGAGGACAGCAGCUUUGAGUGGGGACCGGGCCGAUGGACGCCACAGAAGCUCCUCCAAGACACCACCAGGGACUCCAUCAGCCCACUGCGCUGCCCGACACCGUGGAAAGAAAGAGAAGAGGCGGCGGCGGCGGCGGCGGAGGGCGAGGGAGGAAACGCGCACUUGAUGAUCUCGCAAGGCUCGACCUCGCUGCGUGGCGCAUCCCCGCUGCCGCGCAUCUCGGCUUCCGCGCUGGAGUCGUCCUCGCAGUUUUUGGCUCUGUCCGCGUCCGCCUCGCCCACACGUUCUCUCCCCUUGCCAGAGCCGGAGAAGGGGGAGCUGUAUGUCCGCCGCUCGCACGAGCCCUUCACCCACGUCUCACGGCACCCGCCAUCCAGUAUGGAGGACUCCGCUGCAUCGGUGUCGUCGCCCACGCUGAGCGCCAUCGCGGCAGACGAGUUCGUUUUGAGCGCCGCCGUGCCGUUUCCGUCGCUCUCCCCCGCGUCGUCGUGCCAGACCCACGGUUACGUGCCGCCGAGCCUCGGCGUGAGCCGGUCGACGUCGCCGCUGUUGCUGGACCACGAGGCGGACACGCCAGCCAGCGUGUCGAUGGCAUCCACGGUGCGCUCGCCGUCGCGCAUCUCGAUCCUGUCGUCAAACGUGCGACGACAAGGUGCACUCACGCACGUACCGCGUGGAUCGCUCCGGGAAGGCUAA